AUGGCUCUCCGCCGGCGCUUAGUCCGGCUGGCCGCCCACCUGCAGGACCCUCGGAAAGUGGCCGCCUUCCAGCGUCUCUGUGGGGUGGAGGGGCCUUCGGGCUGGGCCGACGCAGAACAGCGAGCUGGGGACGGGGGGCCAGUGGUUAACGGCGGGCCUCCGGCCGCGGAGCGAGACGGAGAGCAAAGGCAUCCCACUGGCAACGGGACCGUGCCCGGCGGGGCGAUCCCCCCGCAGCGGUGGAGGAGGAGGCCGCGCCGCAACUCUCUAACGGAGGAGGAGGGCAGCCAGGAGUUCUCCACCCGUAGCCGCUUCCUCUACUAUCUCUUCAGCCUGGGAACGGAGCUCGGUAAUGAGCUCUUCUACAUCCUCUUUUUCCCCUUCUGCAUCUGGAACUUGGACGCCUGGCUGGGGCGGAGGCUUAUCAUCAUCUGGGUGUGGGUGAUGUACCUGGGGCAGUGCACCAAGGAUGUCAUCCGCUGGCCGCGGCCUGCCUCCCCGCCCGUGGUGAAGCUGGAAGUCUUCUACAAUUCGGAGUAUAGCAUGCCCUCCACCCACGCCAUGUCGGGCACCGCCAUCCCCCUGGCUCUCUUGCUGCUCAGCUACGGCCGCUGGCAGUAUCCCCUUAUGUUUGGAUUGAUCCUUGCAUUCUGCUGGUGUUCUUUGGUUUGCUGUAGUCGCAUUUAUAUGGGAAUGCAUUCAGUUUUGGAUGUUAUUGCUGGAUUUCUGUAUGCUAUUCUCAUCUUGGUUGUCUUCCAUCCAGUUGUGGACCUGAUUGAUAACUUCAACUUAACUUACAAAUAUGCACCCUUAAUUAUCAUCAGUCUGCACUUAGCCCUGGGCAUCUUCUCUUUUACUCUAGACACUUGGAGCACAUCACGAGGAGACACAGCUCAGAUACUGGGCUGUGGUGCUGGAGUAGCCUGUGGCUCUCAUGUUAACUACAUAGUGGGUCUAAAGCUAGAUCCUUCUCCUGAAACCUUACCUUUAUCUCUUUCCUCCCUCACUGUGACUGUGUUUGGAAAAGCCAUAUUGCGGUUGUUAAUUGGAGUAAUAGUUCUGUUAUUAACAAAAGUAGCCAUGAAAAAGGUCACCAUUCCAUUGGCAUGUAAAUUAUUUCGCAUACCACAUGAAGAUGUACGGAAAGCAAGACAGCGCAUGGAAGUUGAGCUUCCCUAUCGUUAUAUAACAUAUGGAAUGGUUGGGUUCUCUCUCAUGUUUAUUGUUCCUUGCCUCUUCCAUUUUAUUGGCCUUUCCUGA